AUGCGUGAAAUUGUGCAUCUCCAAGCUGGCCAAUGUGGCAACCAAAUCGGCUCUGCCUUCUGGCAGACCAUUUCGGGCGAGCAUGGUUUGGAUAGCAGUGGCAUGUAUAAUGGGACCUCCGAACUACAGCUUGCGCGUAUGGACGUCUAUUUCAACGAGACAUCCAGCAACAAGUACGUGCCACGUGCCGUGCUCGUUGAUUUAGAACCUGGCACAAUGGAUGCGGUGCGCUCCGGCCCGCUUAGCCAGUUCUUUCGUCCCGACAACUUUGUCUUUGGACACUCGAGCGCCGGAAACAACUGGGCUAAGGGUCACUACACAGAGGGUGCUGAGUUGGUUGAUCAAGUACUGGAUGUGGUCCGUCGCGAGGCCGAAGGCUGCGACUCCCUCCAAGGCUUCCAAAUCACCCAGUCGCUCGGUGGCGGUACCGGCUCCGGCAUGGGCACGCUGCUAAUUUCCAAGAUUCGUGAGGAGUUCCCGGACCGUAUGAUGGCUACCUUCAGUGUAGUACCGUCUCCCAAGGUGUCUGAUACCGUCGUGGAGCCGUAUAAUGCCACGCUUUCAGUCCACCAGCUGGUUGAAAACUCAGAUGUGACUUUCUGUAUCGAUAAUGAGGCUCUGUAUGAUAUCUGCAAGGGUACCCUGAAGCUAUCGAAUCCUUCCUAUGGCGACCUUAAUCACCUCAUAUCAACCGUCAUGUCUGGCGUGUCAACUUCACUGCGCUUUCCUGGACAGCUAAACUCUGACCUUCGCAAGAUGGCCGUUAAUUUGGUUCCCUUCCCCCGCCUACACUUCUUCAUGGUUGGCUUUGCGCCCCUCACUAGCCGUGACUCGCACUCGUUCAGUGCUGUAUCUAUCCCCGAGCUUACCCAGCAGCUAUUUAACCCCAGGAACAUGAUGACGGGCUCUGAUUUCCGAAACGGCCGCUACCUGACCUGCUCUGCCAUCUUUCGCGGAAAGGUGUCUGCGAGGGAGGUGGAGGACCAGAUGUAUAAGAUUCAGCAGAAGAACUCGGCUUACUUUGUUGAAUGGAUUCCCAAUAACGUGCAGACGAGUCUAUGCUCUGUCCCGCCGCAGGGGUUGAAGAUGUCGUCCACUUUUGUUGGCAACUCGACCGCCAUCCAAGAGAUCUUUAAGCGCGUUGGUGAGCAGUUCACCGCUAUGUUCCGCCGCAAGGCCUUCUUGCACUGGUAUACCGGAGAAGGCAUGGACGAGAUGGAGUUUACGGAGGCUGAGUCCAAUAUGAAUGACCUGGUAUCGGAGUACCAGCAGUAUCAGGACGCAGUCAUCGACGACGACGUCUAUAGCGUGGAGGAGUAUGACGAGGAGGAAGCCCCCGCCAAGGCCGACGCUUAG